AUUUUGCCAGGCCUGGUUCACUCUUGCCAAUUCUAAAUCAUAAGUAUUGUAAUCACUUCCCUUGGUGACUGCCUGGUAUCAAUAGUCUCUUCCAUUUUACUAAUUACUAUUUCUGCUGUUUUAAUGAUAGGCACCAACAACGAUCUUCCACUGCAAUCUGUCAUUUUAGCGAUUUGGUUGUCCGGUUUCAUCUCUGAGGAUAGCAAACAAUCCAAGUUAUCCCCUUCAAUCAUUUUGGCAGCAUGGCAACCUGUAUCGUCGCCUCCAAAAGGCCAUUCCUGACCUUGCCCUUUCUCCUGCCUUCCCUCUCUGAAUCCGCGGCUUUGAUCUCGCGACGGAAUCAGUCUUCAUACAGACGUGCCAAACAACGGCUACGCGUCAAGCCAGAUGUCUCAUUCGGCGUCCCUUCAAAUCAAUUCCAGGACCAAAUCAUCUACAAUCCCCCUUCCAGCGCCCCGUCGAUUUACCACACGCCAACCAAGUUUCUCCCUCCCAACGAUGCUCGGAGAGCUCUACGCACCGAUUCUUCUGUGGGUCAGCAUAAUGCCGGGGAGCUUCCUGGUGUAUUCAAAACAGCCCCCGAAAGGAAAUAUCAUUUGAACCCAUCGGAUAUCGAGGAGAUCCGCAAACUUCGGCUUAGUGACCCUAUGACUUGGAGCAGAUGGAAAUUGGCCAAGCGCUUUGAUUGCUCCCCAAUGUUCAUCGGUAUGGUAUGCGAGGCCAGUCCACAGAAGAAAGAAAUUCAGAGACAAGUUCUGGAAGCGGUCCAAUCCAGAUGGGGCGCAAAGCGACGGAUGGCUAGAGAAGACCGACAAUUGCGGAAGGAGUCUUGGGGGAGAGAUGAAUGAGCCUUCAAAGGACAAUAGGAUUCUCGAUUCGUCACCCUUUCCCUUUGGUCAAAGAAGGUUUGUCAUGUUUGCAUCAUGUCAAAUUCAUGGCUUUGAAAUACAAAUCUGGUGAGGAACAACCAGUCAGUGGUUAGGUGUAUAAAGAUAUGUAUUCUAGCAUUACUGGUAUCGGACCACAUAUUGUAACUAUUAUAGAAUGAAAUGAGUAUAGAGUUAAAGAAAAUCCAAUGUGUACAGAAA